UGACUGCGCAUUCUCUGUGAACAGAAAGUUGAAUAAAGGCCCGUUGAAGCUGUGACAUCUUUGGAGGGCUCGGUAAAGAAGCAGGAUGAAGUCCAAAGGAAAAGCUGUGAAACCAACCUGGUCUGACCCAGAGCAGGAACUUGAAGCAGACACAGAACCGGAACCUGGCUCCAGCGAGCAGGAAGGCUCCGAGGCCUCCAUGCGGAUCGGCUGCUCCUGGAGAGGUUCUUUGCGGAGCCGGAAGGGCAAGCGCCAAGGAGGUUCUGGGGGAGGUCGUCGGCGCCGGCAACACAGCUCCACUACAAAGGAGCGCAGCAUCCGGCGACUGGAGAGCAACGAGCGGGAACGCCAGCGAAUGCACAAACUCAACAACGCCUUCCAAGCGUUACGCGAGGCCAUCCCGCACGUGAAGAUGGACAAAAAGCUGUCCAAGAUCGAGACGCUGACACUGGCAAAGAACUACAUCAAGGCCUUGACCUCCAUCAUCCUGGACAUGUCGGGAGCCUGCCUGCCUGCUGGCGAGGUCCCGUCAGAGGCCAGCACCGCCAAGCUGCUCCAGUGCUAUCAGCAGCACCUGGAAGAGGAAGGUGAGGAGGGUCUGACCCAGUAUCUCACCCACGUGCACAGCUUCAGCCAGCACAGCUAGCAGAUCAGGAGGACUGGUCUCCGAGCAGGAGAUGAGCGUGGACUCUUAGGAGCCAUAUGACAUCUAGUUCCUGCAGAUGCACUGCUGUGGAAUCCAUUCAGGACAGAGGUAUUCUAAGGAACCCAGUUGACUUUCUGCAGCACUUAAACUCAACAAGUGGGCUGCUCUUCAUGCAACAGACAGAAUGAAGGGUGAACUUAAUUUGGAAGGGCUAAAUAUUUGGUCUUUAUCUAACUUUUCGGUUUGGAAGCCAGGAUUUCUUCCUCUCCCCUUUUUUGUAAUUGCGUGAUCUUUUUAGUCCGUUGAAGGAAAAAAAAAACCUGUUGAGCAUAGCCUUCAGCCACAACUGCUGAAUCCAGGAAGAGAACACAGAAUGAAGAAGUGUUUGCUCAUCAUGAAGAUGAACUCCCAUAAAGCUGAGAACACAACUGACUCGUCUGACUUGUCUGCAAAGAUGUUGUUUCAACAAUCGGGUUAUUUGUAAUGUCCAGAGGCAGGACAUUGUACUGAAGAUGAGCUAUCAAUAAACAUGUGUAUUUAUUGACUGGUA